AUGAGGGCACCGGUGCCGUGCGCGGAGUGCGGGGCGGGGGCCGCGGCCCGGUACCGCUGUCCGCGCUGCGGCAGCGCCUACUGCUCCGUGCCCUGCUGCCGGACCCACCGCGAGCGCUGCGCGCCCGGUGCCCGGCGGGAGGAGGAGGCGGCCGGGCCCGGAUCCCCCCCUGCCCCCGCCGGCAGUCCCGGGGGCCCGGAGGAAAUCGUGGGCGAGGAGGAGGAGCAGGACCGCGUCCCGCCGCAGAAACUGCAGCUGCUGGGGGAAUCGGCGGAGCUGCGGGAGCUGCUGCGGAACCCGCACCUGCGGCAGCUGCUGCUGGCCCUGGAGCAGGCUCGGGACAAGAGCUCCCUCCUGAGGCGGCUGAUGCAGGAGCCGCUGUUCCUGGAGUUCGCCGACUGCUGCCUGGGCAUCGUGGAGCCUCCCGAGGAGAAGGAGAACGUGCUCCCCGUCCUCCCCGAGUGAGCUUUGCUGCUGGGGCAGUGGGGAUCGUGUCAUUCGGCCCGGGGAUUUGUGUUGGGUGAGGUUUGGGUGCG